AUGAAAAAGGAAUUCGAUAAGUUGGAGGCACCUGGAGACGUUGCGAGUCUCAUGAAGAAAACUUCAGAAAAGCGCACUGAAGAGAAAGACAGCACUUUUUACGAGUUUGACCUUCAAGGUAAAAACGCUAUGGUUGAAUUUGAUGAGAUCUACCCUGGAAUGAUCAACGGAUGGGAGAUCCAACAUGGAGGAGUUAUGUUGGUCCUCAAUAAAGGAGAUUACAACAAUAGUGAGUUAUUAAUGCUUAUUUUCAUAUUCUUCAAUAUCAAAAUGGCACGUGAAGGAAAUCUCUGGGAUUCACGUCUAUCAAAAGAAAUCACUUGUCCACGUUUAGAAAAUAUCUACGGAGAAAAAAACGACGAAAACACUGGAAUUGGAAUAGCCCCUCAUGUUGUGCAACUGGCAGGAUGUACUUAUCUGGCUGUCACCAAAAGUUGUAUCGCAAAAGCGACAGUGUUACAUGAUCGAGAGCCAGUACAUGUCAACGAACAUCAAUUUCUGAUCGGUUUGGAUAAAAGAAUCACCCCAUAUAGCGAAUUCUUUUACCCAUUACUCAAUUUGUUGGAGUUGAAAAAGAGAGUGUACAAAAUAUGGGUUAUUUAUCAGAAAGACCACAACGAGCAAGAAUCGACAUAUUCUAUGCUUGCCGCUAUUUGGAAGAGCUUGUCGUACUUUGAGAGAGGAAAUGUGUAUCAAGAAAGCAAAGACAGCAUCUGGCGAAUCGAAAAUUUUGAGAAGCGUUUGAAUGAAUUUGAAACCGGAAUCCAUCGAAAGGAAGCAAUUAUUUUAGCAGUGUUGCAUGGGAAUUCAGUUUCAGUGCGAGUACCGAAACCCAUUCACACUGGAGAGGGAUACACCACAAUACCCUGUUCUGGAUUCUACCACAGUUACGAUUUGGUGUUUGCUCGCUCUUCUAACCACCAAUCUCGAGCGGCUCGUUGUGAAAAUUUUGAGUUGGAUCCAAUCUUGAGAGAUGACCAAGAAUUACAUGCAAGAGUCGAGGAAUUCGAAAACAGCAUCGAGAUUGAACAUACCUCUAACUUGGCGAUUGAAGAAGUGCCCAAUAUUAUGAAGAAAACAUCUGCGGAACGUAUUCUGUCAGAGAAAAACGACGAGACUUAUUAUGAGCUGGAUUCGAAGUGUGAACAGGCUAUGAUUCCCUCGACAGAAAAAACCCAGGAAACAUUAAAGGAUGGGAAGUUCAACGAGGAGGAAUCUUGUUGGUCUUACAGAAAGGAGACUUCCACCGCGACCACAAAUUGCUGA